AAACCGUCAGCACAACACUCGACGACACCUUACUCCUUUUGCGAGCCAAGGGAUAGUACUUCCGGGGAAGAAUCGUAAGUGCCUUUUCGGUUGGCUACAAACUCCUAGUUGAGUUAGCCGUUGCAUGAAGAUCCCUGCCAAGUCCGUCAUUUCCAAGACCGACGUCAACAAGCUCCGCAAGAAGCGUCAAGUCAAGGCCAAGAAGACCGCGAUUUUGCGCAAGAACUUUCGUCGUCUCAACGAGUCCAGCACCGCCGACAAAGUCCAGCAAGACCUUCUCGACGCAGUUUCAAGAGUCCAGCGAAUCACCAAGCACUUCCAAGCGACUAUCCUCAAGGAGUUCGGUACCAGCGACAUACAAGUAGUUACGCGCACCAACCCAACCUUUCGUUUGAUCGACUCUUUCACUUCCGAAGUUUCGACCCUCAUCUCCAAGUCAAUUCCCGAAACGAUCGACGACAUCGCAAAGGAAAAACUUCUCCCAAUCAUCAAGUCUCGAGGUUAUAACUAAGUCUCAAGUAUCUCUUUUCUCCCAAACUCGUUCGAAAUUUUGUAAACAUGGAUAUGAAGAAC